UCACUCCCACACAUGGCUGUUGUUCCGUCUCCGAGUGCUAAUGAGCGAGCGGAUAAUCCUGACAUGCCGGAGUUUAUCUGGCUGCCACCGCUGGCCUCCGUUAGGGUAGAUCGAAUGCACUCUGAGUCUCUCUGUCAGCCACCCGGACUCUGCUCUCCUUCCCCCUGCUCUUCCCUUUGCUGUAGCUUUCUUAAUGUAGUCUAAUGGCUUUACCAAGGAAGCCAGGCAGGUCGUUCCUCAGCGGCUGUGGCAGACCAUGACCUUAAGCUCAUCAUGAACCUGGAAGGGCUCGAAAUGAUAGGCGUCUUGGUCUUGAUUGUCCUCUUCGUGAAGGUGCUGGAAAAAUUUGGACUGAUCGAUCCGAGCUUGGAAGACAGCGUAGAAGAUGAAAUUGAAAUGGCCACCGUCCGGCAUCGGCCCGAAGCCCUCGAACUGCUGGAAGCCCAGAGCAAAUUCACAAAGAAGGAGCUUCAGAUCUUAUAUAGGGGUUUCAAAAAUGAAUGUCCCAGUGGGAUUGUUAAUGAAGAGACCUUCAAAGAGAUUUAUUCACAGUUCUUCCCACAGGGAGAUUCCACAACAUAUGCACAUUUUCUGUUCAACGCGUUCGACACAGAUCACAACGGAUGUGUGAGUUUUGAGGAUUUUGUUAUGGGACUUUCUAUUUUGCUCCGGGGGACAGUGCAAGAAAAACUUAACUGGGCGUUUAAUUUAUAUGACAUAAAUAAGGAUGGUUAUAUAACAAAAGAGGAAAUGCUUGAUAUUAUGAAAGCCAUAUAUGAUAUGAUGGGAAAAUGCACUUAUCCUGUUCUUAAAGAAGAUGCACCCAGGCAGCACGUGGAAACAUUUUUCCAAAAAAUGGACAGAAAUAAGGACGGUGUCGUUACUAUGGACGAAUUCAUUGAAAGCUGCCAAACAGAUGAAAACAUCAUGCGGUCCAUGCAGCUCUUUGAAAAUGUGAUCUAACUCCACACGGAUCUUUUCAGUUAAUGGACACUAUGAACAAUUCAGCAGCAGCCACUCCAUGCCACUCCGAACCAUACAACGGGAUUGCUCAGCUUUACACUGAGACGUGUAUAAUGCAAAUAAGCUUUGUUUAAUAAAAAGCCUCUGUGACGAGA